GAGUAUAAUUCGUGUAGAGUAAGAGGCACACCUCGUGUGUCUCCUCAUAGUCGUCGUCGUUUUUUUAAUAAGUAAGAAAGCUCAUCAUCAGAGCAUAACAUAAAAUUAAACCAAGUGUAACUAAACUAACACAAGGAAAUUAUGGCAUCAACUAGUGGUGCUUCGAGUUCGUUACCUAAAUGGCAAUUGGCCCUCGUUGUCGGGGCGCCGGUUGCCCUCGGCCUUGGUUACAUGUAUUACAAAAAUAGUAUCAACAAACCCGAGGAAAAACCUGGCAAGGGUAGAAAGUCUGCUAAAGGAAACGAUGAAAAACAGAUUUCCAUUGAUGGAGAUUUUCCAGCUAAGACGGGAAAUGCGACUACCAUUGAGACUCCUCUUGAUAAAGCAAAAAAAUACAAAACUGAAGGCAAUGGAUUUUUUAAUCAGGGUAAAUAUGAUGAAGCAAUUGCUCAAUACAACUUAGCAAUUGAAUCAUGUCCAAAGGAGAAUACAGAAGAACUUGCAACUUACUACCAAAAUAGAGCAGCUGCCUAUGAAAAAUUGAAAAAAUUCAAUGCAGUCAGGGCUGACUGUACAAAAGCACUGGAACUAAAACCAAUAUAUGUGAAAGCAAUGAUUCGUAGAGCCCGAGCUAUGGAAUCUUGUAAUGAGUUAGAGACUGCACUGGAAGACAUUACUGCUGCAUGUAUUCUUGAAAGCUUCUCAAAUCAAAACACACUUUACAUAGCAGAUAAAGUAUUGAAACAGCUUGGUAAACAACAUGCACAAGAGCACAUGGCAUCAAAGAAAGCAAUAAUGCCUAGCAAAUAUUUCAUUUCCACCUAUUUCUUGGCCUUCCAUAAUGAUCCUCUUCUGGCAAAAAUGCAAAGAGUUGAAGAACAAAACGACUCGUCGUUUAAGCAAGCACUGUUAGCCUUGAAACAGCAAGACUACGAUAAUGUAAUACCGUUUUGCACAGAGGAGCUAAAUAGCCUUGCUCCAGACGACAAUUCGCUGCACAAGAUUGAAGUUGUUCUGUUGAGAGGAACAUUUUAUCUUCUUCUUGGACAACAUGAAAAUGCUGCAAACGAUUUAUCUGCCGUUAUAAAUAGCGAUAUCGCUAGUAAGGAAUUGAAGGUCAAUGCGCUAAUCAAGCGUGCAAGUAUGUUUAUCCAGCUUGAAAAUGCAAGUCAAAGCUUCGACGAUUUCGAAAAUGCCGUAUCGCUCGCCCCAGACUGUGGUGAUAUUUACCACAAUCGUGGACAGGUGCAUUUGCUUAUGGAAAAAUUAGAUGAAGCCAAGUCAGACUUUAAAAAAGCUGUUGAACUGAAUCCCGGUUUCGGUGUUGCUUAUGUACAGAAAUGUUAUGCAGAUUAUCGUUACGCCGUUGCUCAAAAAGAUAUGAACCUUAUGAACACGGCAAUGACCAACUUUAACAAAGCUUUUGAAAAAUUUCCAGACUGUUCAGAAUGUUAUACUUUGUAUGCCCAGAUGCUGAUAGAUACUCAAGAUUUUGCUAAAGCUGAUGCGUAUUUUGUCAAAGCUUCAAAACGUGAUCCUAAAAAUGCUACGAUUUUAGUAUACAGAGGAUUGUUACAAUUGCAAUGGCACAAUGAUAUCGAGAAAGCAGUGGAAUAUAUUCGUAAGGCAAUAGAACUUGAUGACAAAUGUGAGUUUGCUUACGAGACUUUGGGUACUAUCGAGGUGCAAAGAGCAAACUUGAAAGAUGCAAUAAGCCUCUUCGACAAAGCUUUAGCUUUGGGCCGAACUUUAAUGGAGCUGACACAUAUUUUCAGUCUGCGAGAUGCAGCAAAAGCUCAACUGGUAGUUACAGAAAGACUAGGAGGUAAUCUGAUGAAGACUAUGCAAGAGGGAUAAUAAAUUAUUAUAAA